ACACAGUUUGUGGGGAUCUGCGAUGGGGGCCAGCCAUACCGAAGGGCAAUGGCAUCACGGAAUACUAUUUUGUGGAGUGCGAAUCCGUGCUCUUCUAGCGGUAAAGCAGUGAGCCAGCUGGAGGCACCUUUUUCUCUUGCAAGUUUGUAGCCUCAGGGUCCAGAGCCAAGCUCUACCUUUCCAAGGACACCUGCCUCAUCAACUUCAUUAUGGCUGGUCUGCAAUGUCCCCGUGCCCCCAAGGCAAGUGAUGGGCCUGAAUCAGGGGAACCAUUCGGACGAGAAGCUCUUACUUUCACAAAGGAACUCAUCAUGCAAAGAGAAGUAGAGGUCGAAGUGGAAUCGUCCGACAAGGGAGGCAAUCUGUGUUCGUUGACGGGAAGAACCUUGCCGUACUGUUGUUAGAGGCGGGACUGUGUAAAGUAUUUGCACUGUCAGCAGAAAGAUCUCAGUACGGAAAAUCACUGUUUGAGGCGGAGGAGAUAGCAAAGAAUGCACGAAAGAAGCUUUGGGAGGACUAUGUAGAGCCAGCUGCUGACGAGGUGGCGGAGGAGGGGGAGGCGGCUGCUGUGACCCCGGGGGAGGAUAGUGCUCCGCCCGAGAGAAAGGUCAAUCAUAGGAAGAUUGUUGUCACUGAAGUGGUCAGCCCAAAUAACUUUUGGGCACAACUUGUCGACCAAGGUGUUCAGUUCACCACACUCAUGGAGCAACUAAGAAAUGACCUCUCGGCCAACCCCCCCCUCCCUGGUUCCUUCAACGCUACAAGGGGGGCGCUCUGCGUGCUAAAGUUCACAGACGGACUAUGGUAUCGGGCAAAAGUGGAAAGAAUCGAAGGAAAGAAAGCUCACGUUCUCUACAUGGAUUACGGGAAUAAACAAGUUGUUCCACUGUCAAGCCUCUCAGCUUUACCAGCAGGUUACCGGAACCAACCCCCUCAAGCUCAGGAAUACUUCCUAGCCUGUAUCAUUCCUCCUGAUGAUGAGGAUUGGCUCAAGGAUGCGUUCGCUCUGUUCUGUCAGGAGGUCAUGGGCAAAACACUGCUCCUCAAUGCUGAGUAUAGGAUCACUGGGCAGAGCUACGUUUCCCUCCUCAACAGCGAGGAUAAGACGGAUAUCACUCGGAAGAUGAUAGCAGAAGGUUUGGCCAGAGUUGACAAACGUAAAGAUCGAAGGCUAUCAAAACUUGUGGGGGAGUACUGCAGUGCCAAAGGGGAAGCAAGGAAAAAUAGGGUGGGCAUGUGGGUGUACGGCGACAGUACUUCAGACAUGGCGACAGAGUUCGGCUUCAAGAAAUGAAAAAAGAAGUAACUUUAUGUAUAUAAAUAUAUAUGUAUAUAAUUAUAGCAUUUAUAGCUUCGUAUAGUUAGGGAUUAUGUCAAAAGUGUGUCGAAACGAAUUUCUAUAUUUUCAAAAAAUUUUUUGUCAGGAAUUAUGAUGUUACAAUUACAAUUACAAUUU